GCCUGCCUGCCUGCCUGCAGCCUGCCGCCCGAUCUAAAAUCGUCCCCACCCUCGAGCAAAAACAGACCUUUCCUGGCGAAUCUCAAGGAUGGCUUCUCUUGGAGCCAGUGGGAUGAUGACUGCCUCCUUCUGCCUCUUCCUCAUCUUCCUCAUCCUUCCUGGGCAGCUGGUCUUAGGAUGUCCCCUAGAUGAUCUCUUAAACAAGAAGAUCGAGGAGCAGGCCAGUUCCUAUGUGCUGGCCACCCUUCAAAAGCUUCAACUGAUCUGCUCCAGUGUGACUUCUCGGGGUGCUCUAGCCACCUGCCCCUCAGAUUCCAUUGUCACGGGCUGUUCAUGUGGCUCAGCGUGUGGCUCCUGGGAUGUUCGUGGGACCACCACUUGUCACUGUCAAUGUGCUGGAAUGGACUGGACUAGUGCCCGCUGCUGCAGGCUUGGGAACUGAUGAGCCAAGACAGAUUCUUCCCUUGCUUUCUUCCCACCAACUCCUUCUUGAGUCUGACCUGCUCCCAGGAGUCAAAGCUGAAGAGUUAAAUAAAUGUGGCAUGUGGACAGAG